UUACUAACUUUAGCCGAUGAGCAGUGCAUUGUUAUUUUAGCUCGCCCAUACAGUUGGGCAUUUCCGAGAGCAUUCCACGGACCGUUUUACGAUUUGUUAGCGAUUUCGGAGCGUGCUGCAGCGGAGGCUAUUACAAUGGGCAGGAAAAUCUCUCCACUGACAUUAUUCUCUCCAACAGCGUCCGCAGUUCUCCACUGGGAUCAGUUGGCGCGUCGUCUAGGCAAUCUAAAAAACCAUUUGGCUGGGCACUAUAUCCAGCGCCUGAAGGGUUUUGUGCACCGCUCGUCGCACAACAAAUUGAAGAAGCUGCUUGACAGAGGUGAGUAA